GGCCUUGGAUCCCGAUAUCUAUGCUCUCGUCAAUCUUGGAAGUCCAUAGCUUUGCUGGCCUCUGAUUCAGUGCCUGCAUUUUUUUGCUAUAACCAACCACACCAUCUAAGACCCAUUUUCCGCUUCUAUCUGUGGCAGCAGAACUUGCUUAUUAGUGAUGAAUAACAAGGAAAGCUUGGUAAUUUUCUCUCUCUUUCUCCCUUUCUUGGCCUUUGUUGUUGCAUCAUCGGACGACACACUCCAACAAGGUGCUAUUCUCACUUCCUCCUCCUACCUAGUGUCUGCUAAAAAGGUUUUCACCUUGGGAUUCUUUAGUCCCCCGUAUUCGAAAGAAAACUACUUAGGAAUAUGGUACACCAACGAUUCACAAUCCCAUCCAGUAUGGGUUGGUAACAGAAACACACCUAUUCAUAACAAUUCUGGUGUUCUCGCCAUCGAUAACACCGGAAAUAUGAUAAUCACACAUAAUGGAGGGGAUACUAUUGAGCUAUAUACGACUCAAACCCGCGAUAAUAAAACAGCUACCCUGCUGGAUUCUGGCAAUUUUGUGGUAAGAGAGGUUAACUCCAAUGGAACCACAGGACAUGUAUUGUGGCAGAGCUUUGACUAUCCUACAGACACCCUUUUGCCCGGGAUGAAAUUAGGGGUCAGCCACAGGACUGGCCGGAAUUGGUCACUUACAUCAUGGUUAGCAGAAGGAGUACCUGCGCCUGGGGCUUUCACACUGGACUGGGACUCCAGGCGAGGGCGGUUGAUAGUUAGGCGAAGAGGAGUGAUUUAUUGGACUAGUGGGGUGUUGAAGGAUAAGGCGUUUGAAUUCAUUGGUAAAUCAGACCCUAGAAAUGUUGUAUAUGAUUACAUCAAUGUUACAUCUGAGGAGGAAGAAUACUUCAGUUAUUCACUUAUAAAAGAUUCAAGAUGCACACCUGAGGGACGAAAAGCUAUAUCAGGAUGGAUGUUAGAUUACAACGGACAAAUAAAUGAUCAAGAUAGGCCUCCAAUUGCGCGGGUUGAUCUUUGUUAUGGCUACAAAACCCGAGGAUCAGGAGGAGUUUAUGAAGGAUGCGAGUUAUGGGAACAGCCUACGUGUAGGAAUUCUAACCAGAAGUUUGAUUUAAGAUCUGGGGACUUUGGUAACAUUGAUGAAGAGUCGUCAUUUUAUGAUGGCAAUUCAAGCCUUGGUUUCAGUGACUGUCGCGCCAACUGCUGGAACAACUGCGAUUGUGUUGGCUUUAGGAACGAUGGUGACACUGGCUGCCUCUAUUGGAGAGGAAGAUUGAAGUUUUAUCAAGAUAAUAGCGAUGUUUCAAGGGCUCAAUACGUUCUCAUUUCAGAGUCUUCAAACAAAAGAUGGGAGAGAUAUAAAUGGGUUGUCACUGGUGUUGUAAGUGCAUCAUUUGUGCUUCUCUUGGGCCUUUUCUGCUACCUAAGGAGGAAAUUUAAACAAGGGCAGGAGAGAGAUCUAUUUGAUUUAAUGACACUUGAGGGGCAGAUGAACACAGAUGAACUUGAAAAUGAUGGCAACAAGGGUGGUCAUGAUCUCAAAGUAUUUAGCUUUGCAUGUAUUACAGCUGCUACAAAUAGCUUCUCAUCAGAAAAUAAGCUGGGAGAGGGAGGCUUUGGACCUGUUUAUAAGGGUAAAUUGCCUGAGGGUCGAGAAAUAGCAGUAAAGAGGCUGUCACAAAGGUCGGGGCAGGGAUUAGUUGAGUUUAAAAAUGAGCUGAUACUCAUAUCCAAACUCCAGCACAAGAAUCUUGUUAAGCUACUAGGGUGUUGUGUUCAUGGAGCAGAGAGGAUAUUAAUCUAUGAGUACAUGCCCAACAGAAGUUUGGACUUUUUUCUCUUUGAUCAAACUAAGAGAGAACAAUUAACUUGGGAGAGACGUUUUCACAUCAUCGAAGGGAUCGCUCAAGGCCUACUUUACCUUCAUAAAUACUCACGAUUGAAGGUCAUCCAUAGAGACUUAAAAUCUAGUAACAUCUUACUUGACGAAGAUAUGUCCCCGAAAAUUUCUGACUUUGGUAUGGCUAGAAUUUUCGAACAUAAUGUAUCAGAAGCAAACACAAAUAGGGUUGUCGGGACAUAUGGUUACAUGGCUCCGGAGUAUGCCAUGGAGGGCUUUUUCUCUAUCAAAUCUGAUGUCUACAGUUUUGGAGUUUUGAUGCUUGAAAUCCUGAGUGGUCGGAAGAACAGUAGCUUCUAUCAUGUUGAUCGCCCGUUCAAUCUAGUGGGAUAUGUAUGGGAGCUAUGGAAGAAAGAUGCUGCACUUGAGCUCAUGGACCCAAUACUAAGUGGUUCAUGUAUCGAACAACAACUACUAAGAUGCAUUCAAAUAGGCCUUUUAUGUGUAGAAGAUCGUGCACUGGAUCGCCCUACCAUGUCUGAUGUUAUUUCAAUGUCAACAAAUGAUAGUAUGACUUUACCAACCCCAACAAAACCGGCAUUUGUGACAAGCAGUGGGGUUGAUGAAAGUGACUCAGGACGUCAACCAGAAAUAUAUUCAGUAAAUGGGAUCUCCAUUACAGCAAUGCAUGCAAGAUAAAGGGGUGUAUAUGGACUUUUUGUAACUCAAAACAUAAAGUUUUGUAUUUGUUAUAAAGCUUUAUAUUUCAUGUAAAUGACAUAUGCAGAUAACAUUUAAUAUGAGAUGGGGUAGUGCCUGAAAUAAUUGGGUAUUUUGACAUGCA